GAACGCGUAACGAUAGCAGCAAAAUCCGAGAGCUGCAAUCGUGGCUAAAACCAACCAAGAACAACAAUACCGAACUCAAGAAAAUAACAUCCCGGAAAAGAGACGAAAUUCUCACCGCCAAUUGCCGGUAGAAAGUGCGAAUAAACAAAUUGGAUAAACAAAUAUUUGUGAGUGGGGAAACCCUGGAAAAAUUGUUAGCAAACAGAAAGUGUUUCCCUAGUGCAAAGUGAAAAACUCAAGAAAACUUUUUAAUUGGUGAAUUAUUAAAUUCAAGCCCAGCAAAUGAGGCGCACUAUUUUUUAAUGGAAGUCCCCGGAACGAGGAUAAUAACCAGCCCGAGGGAAGCAGCCUCAUCGGCGACCUGAUCCCGCGAUGUCCGCGUAAUGAAAGCGAAACUCAAAAAGUUGUCCUGCCGUCGCUGAGCGGAAAAAAGCCUGGGAAAAAGCCAAAAAUAAUACAAACAGGCAACUGAAAAUGAAGUCCGUCAUUUUGUAUCCAUAUGGACCGCUAACCGGCGGCACACGUUGCUGUCGCAUGUUGCAUGCCAAAAAUUUGGCCAUAACAAGUGCAAUUUACACAAUAAAUAUAUCGCUCCUAAUCGUACUGAUAUACUCGUGGCGCAUUAAUGUCAACAUGCACAAGUCGGCCGAUCUGCAGGAUGUCUACUACGGUGUUCAAAUAGCAUACUUCGCCAUUAUCGGCACACAAAUGUCCAUGAUAUUGCUGAGCAUUGUGUUAAUAUUUGGAAUAUGUCGGGAGAACCCCGGACUAAUUGUACCCUGGAUAAUUGGCUAUAUAACAUUUAUGGCCCUGGAAGCUGUCGCCAUGGUCUACUCCAAUGUUCUGCGCGAUCAUGUAAAUAAGCAAUUUGAUGCCAUGUGCAAAGCCGAGGUGGCUUUCUUUGUUGCUCGAGCCCUAAUAAACGUGCUGGCCAUGUGGGGAGUGCUGCGCUUCUACAACCUGGUGCGUUCUGGAAUUACUUGGCGAGGACCUGAGGCCAAGACCGCAAUUUUCGCGCCGAUGUAUAAGAGUGUUAGUACGAACAAGCCGCACACAUACACGUACAGCAAGCGGUCAAGACGUCGCCAUAGCAUCGAAGCGACUUCCGGCGGAUGCUGCGCCAUCUUCGAUUUCGACUUUGAGUACGACGAUGAUAACGAUGACGACGACGACGAUGCCUAUGGCGAUGGCCUGGACACGGAGGACGAGGUGGGCUAUGACUACGACGACUACUACGAUUACUACGACGAUGACGAGUUGGCCGAGCAGCAGCAGUUGGGCCUGCAGCAGGACGAUGCGGACUGCAGCAUGUUGGGGGCGGCCAGGGCAGGCAGAUCGCGGUCCAAGCCUCGAUCCGCUGUGGUCAAGGUCAAGGGUCAGAGGAGCGGGAGCCGUCGCACCAACAACAACAUCCGCAGCGUGCUGAUCAACAAGCGGCACAACAAGUACAAAAUCGCCCGACCCCAAACGCAACUGGAGGUCAUCAACGAGUCGGAGAAGAGUGCGGGGAGCGGCAGCGAUGAGAACGAUUCGCUUUUGGUGGCCUAUGACAGCAGUUCGUCGAUGGCGUCGGUUUGACAUUGGCCGCCAUGCAAAUCGGGAACCGGAAAUGGAAAUGCAGCCAUUGGGGCAGAGGGAAGUGAUAGGUCCAGUGGUACAAACGACCGGGGAAAGUGCCAUAAUCACAGCGACUGCGAAUGCGACAGCGCCAGCAACUGCAAAAUCAGAACCGGAAGCGGAAGUGAGACCGACGACGACGGCGAUCCUGACGAGGGCCAGCAUCUGGAACCUGGGUGGCCGAAGGGCGUCCGCCUCCGUGGUCAAUGUUGUGGUCAGCGUCAGCGCCGACGUCCACUGCGACGCGUCUACUGCGCUGUAAAUCUGUCCAUAAUGGGCCUCCUGGUGGCCGUGGAGAUAUACGCCCAGAUCGCCAUAUUCCUGUAGACCAGAAGCCCCUCUUUGAAAUGUUGCUUCCAAGGCCACAUAACAUGAUUUGUUCCAAAGAUAAAAAGAUAAAUUUAAAAAGUACCCCAUAAAAGCCAGAUAGAUUACAGCUUUAAAUGUAAAUAGCUUAGGCAAAAAUAUUACACAAAACUUUAGCUAAUGCUUUAACAACGCCGAAUAAAAAUAACUCAUAUCGCAACAUUAAUACUUUUAUGAAGUUAUGGGUUGCAGUAACAUAGGACGAUUUUGAGCCUGUUUUAAAGUCCUUAAAUAUACUGUUUUCUUUCAAAAUCUCCAAAUAUUUUUUAUCUAAAUAUUUAAAAACCACAACUAUCUAACUAUCUGGUAUAUAUUUUUUAAAUAUUCUUUUACCAUGAAUUUAAAUAAAGGCUUAAAAGAUUUCUGUAAAAUCUAUCACACGUAGUUAAUUUUAAGACAACUCGCUUUGAAAAAAAUAAGUUUCAAGUCACCAAUGCAAAACUCUUACUGUAAAUACGUCAACAAAAGGUCAAAGUUAGCAGAAAGUCAGUAAUAAUAAGAACAAUAAUAGCAGUAACUCUAAAUGUUUAAAAAUAUUAAAAGUAAAUUUCAUAUCCAAAAAGAUUAAAAAUCCAUAGCAUAUUAAAGAGCUCUCCAAGAGAUAAAUGAAACAUUUUUCUGUCAAUAAGGACAAAAUACUCUCCAGUAUUAAGUUAACAGACAAAAGCCACUUUAUUGCAAAGCCCAAACAAAAGCUUUAAAAUAAUUAAAUUAAAUAAAUCGCAUGUCUAUCCAAAUAAAAUAAAAAUAAACAGCCCGAGCAAAAGUCACAGAAACAAUAAAAACAAGAUUUGACAGAAACGUUAAACGAUUAAAAUGUUUGUGAAGUGCUUAGGAAAUUACUUUGUAAAUACUUCCAGCUAUCUCAAGUUGAUGUCAGUGACGUACAAGAAAAUAAGCGAAAUAAAACCAUAUCUAUAAAUGUUGUAUAUAUAGUAAGUGAUAUUAAGUACAGUUGCGCCAAAACACACUAGAAGCCAGUUUAAAACUAACCAAUAAAUGUGAGUUGAUGUAUACCUUACGAUAAACCAAUAAUAAACACUUGAUAUUUGUGAAA